GCCUUGUCCAAUGCCAACCAUGGCAACACUUUCUACACUACCGGCUGAGCUCUACACUCACAUCCUGUCAUUCGUACCGCCCUCACAGUCCUCAUCCACCACCCUCUCCCUGACUCGGGCAAUCCCACGGUCCCCAGUACCGCAACACAAUCUGUUUACUCAUGUUGUUCUGACGAAGAAAGGCCAGCUGUUGCAGCUCUACCUGAGGUUGACGAGGGGCAAGGGAGAGGAGGAAAAAGAACGCAGGGAACGGGAGAGGAGAUGGGUUAAAGGAUUCGAAUUGAGAGAAUGGAAGUUUGACCCUGAUGUAUUGAUAAACACAGUUCUUAUCCUCCCACGCCUGCAAACUCUCACCAUAUGGAUCGGGUACAACUGUGCACCCGAGCACAUAGCAGAGAUAUUCCUCUCCAGGUCCUUUCCCGAACUCGAGUCUAUCAGCCUACGUUUCCGCACCUGGACAGACCACGCCAACUACCUCCCUUUCCUCAAAGGCUCAUACUACGACAGCACGUUCGACGCGAUCGCCCGUUCUCCCCCUCCCAGGCUGAAGCACUUCAGCGUUCAGCAGGACGUGCCUACCCCGGAGUUGUUCGAUCACCCGGAUGACGAGGGUACUGCCGCGAGCAGGAAAAGGGAAGAAGAGGCCAAGAAACCGUUCUUGCUUUCUCCCGCACUGCGAAGGAACUUCGCCCCGCCGAUCGUUCUCUUUGCCACAACAUGCUUGACGCACUUGACUGGCGCAUCAUCCAUCCACACAUCGCUGCGCUCGCUACGGCUUCGCUUCCCACAACGGCCGAUCCUGCAGCACCUGUCCCCUCUGCCUAACUUGGCGGCGCUCGACCUGAGCACAAGCACUCUUACUCCCGCCGACCUCCGAUUCGUGUUCAUCAAGUUUCCCCGACUUCAGACUCUCGUCCUAGAUCACACAGCCUACUUCAUCGCAUGUGGAAAAGACGGUGCGGCGGAGGAGAUGCGUGAAGCCGGGCGAGUAUGUGCGAUGUGGGGCGUGGGCAGGGCACGGGACGUUGAGAAGGAAGCGAAAGACUGGUGGGCGGCGGAGAUGGCCAAGCAGGCCCGUACAAGGGACGAGGACGAGGACGCACCGAGUGACGUAGAUCCUCCUCUACCUGUGCCGGGAACGGCUCCAGACACCGGUCUGAGGAAAACUCCCAAGAAAGGUCGUAGAGGUAUCGCCACAGCAACAAUAUCGUUACGCGACCGUCCCGCAGCCUCUACCUCCUCCACCGUCUCCCAACCCCGUAUAACCCCCGGCCAGAUCCAAACAAAGUUUCACGUCCUCCCCCCCUUACCCUCGUUACAGAGUAUCGCCCUCGGCGUCACAGAUCGCGCUAUAACACCGGCUCUGCGCGCCACUUGGGCCUCCCAGUUCGCCCAAGGCUGGCUGGAAGGCCGCCGUCGACUGAUAGACUUUUGCCGGCGGUACAAGCCCACGCCUUCCUCUCGCGUCUUCUUCUUACCAGCAGAACGUGCGCACCUGCCCAUCCCUUACUGCCUGGAGGAAGUGAGGGCAGAGGAGGCGUGGCAGGCGUAUGUGGAUAAGGCGGCGAGUAUUGGGGAAGAGGGGCCGGGCAUGUGCUCUGUUCCUGAUCAGGGGACUGGAGUGCCGGCGAGAAGAGGGUUCGGAGGGGGUAGGAAGAGCAAGAGGGCAGUGACGCCUCUAGCCGAAGGGGAGGCUGUUCCGGGCUCGUCGACCGCUGUGCCAGAACAUGCCAUCGAACCGGAAGAAGCGGAAGACGAAGAUCAGCUUGUAGAGGAAGGGCAUUCGAAGGGAUGUGCGCACCAGAUGUGA